GGCGCCUCCCUCUUUCCGGCGGGGGAAUGAAGUCCUGCAAGCCCAGCAACCCAGCGGCGGGAGCGCGUGCCGCGCCCCCGUGCGCGGGCGGCGCCGAGUGCGCGGGCACAUGCUCCGGGGAGGGGCGGCUGGAGAGCGCGGCGCGCAGGCGCCUAGCGGCCAACGCGCGCGAGCGCCGCCGCAUGCAGGGGCUCAACACGGCUUUUGACCGUCUGCGCAGGGUGGUACCCCAAUGGGGCCAGGAUAAAAAACUGUCCAAGUACGAGACCCUGCAGAUGGCGCUGAGCUACAUCAUGGCUCUGACCCGCAUCCUGGCCGAGGCAGAGCGAUUCGGCUCCGAGCGGGACUGGGUCAAUCUCCACUGUGAGCACUUCGGCCGAGACCACUACCUUCCGUUCGCGGGCGCGAAGCUGCCGGGCGAGAGCGAGCCCUACGGCCAAAGGCUCUUCAGCUUCCAGCCCGAGCCCUUCCAGAUGGCCAGUUAGGACGCGCGACCCUGCCGGAAUGAGACGCCCAGUGAUCCGCGCUCUGGAGCCGUAACCUUCCCCCAAGUAGCUGGUCGGGCUAUCGGUGGCGUAGGAUGCAUUCUUAGAAUAAAAUUAACAAAUUUCCAGGUUACUUUUAUUCGCAUCUCCAGUCCUAGGGACGCAAUGACUUUAUUGCUUUUCUUUUAUUCCUCCUUAGUAUGUUGUAGAUUUCAUUAAUGGAUCUUGGAAUGGUUUUGAUUGCUGAAAGUAAUGCCCCCUCCCCCUUUUCUGGACUACCUUGAGAGAAAACAAUCUUAAGAAAAAUAGGAUUAGGUUAUACUGCAGUUUUAGUCCUCACUUUCUUAAACUUUGUAGGUUUGUCCUGUUAGGGUGAAGUUACAGUAUCUAUUACUUGUGUAUACUUAAUACAGAGCUGCCUUCCUGUCUUAUAAAUGCAGUUAUGCUUAGUGCAUUG